UCUAACUGACCGCCAACCAUCCCUCUAACUUUUUUUCUUACCUCCACUCUGUUCACCUCAACCAAACUUCUGCACGACAAGCACAAACCAGAGUGUCAAGCAAUCCCCCUUCGCUCACGACCUCUAUAGAGGUAUGUUAUAAUAAAGUCGCCAUGCCUUAAAUUAAGGCACACUCCAUCCCCCAAUGCGCCCUUCAAGAAGCCGGGGGAGAGCAAUCAGAGACCUUGCCGCCGGUCUUCGCGUCGCGAUGGACGAGUCGGGUUUCUGAUACGCUUCUCCUCUCCAGUACUGAGCGGGCAGAACCCUCCCCAACGUGGCACAUUGGGGGAGGGCACUCUCCAUGCUCUUGGCUUUUGAAGGCUAACCAAACACCAUUACCAACAGAUACCUCACAUCCUUUUCGAACGGUCUGAGAAUCUCGCAACACCGCCAAAAUGGUCAAGACUUCCGUCCUCAACGAUGCGCUUAACGCCAUCAACAACGCCGAGAAGACCGGCAAGCGUCAGGUCCUCAUCCGACCCAGCUCCAAGGUCAUCGUCAAGUUCUUGACCGUCAUGCAGCGCCACGGCUACGUCGGCGAGUUCGAGGAGGUCGAUGACCACCGAUCCGGCAAGAUCGUCGUGCAGUUGAACGGCCGCAUCAACAAGUGCGGUGUCAUCUCUCCCCGAUACAACGUCCACCUUUCCCAGCUCGAGAAGUGGGUUGUCAAGCUGCUACCCUCCCGUCAGUUCGGCUACAUCAUCCUUACCACCUCUGCCGGUAUCAUGGACCACGAGGAGGCCCGAAGGAAGCACGUUGCUGGCAAGAUUAUCGGCUUCUUCUACUAGGCGGAUGACAAAAGAAAAAGGAAAAGGAACAAGGGAUAUGAACUGACUAAAGAGCAUUUUCGGCGUUUGGGAGGAAUGGAUAAUGGCUAAGCUAUGAUGCUUGAUGUUUUUCAGCCAAAUACACCACGAUACCACGAAAUGCUACACAAGUCCAGUUCUUGCAUGCGUCUAGCCCCCUGUGUUCCCCUGUAUGUUGCCAAGCCACGGAGUGCCAUGUGAAAGUGCCGGUUGUACUGUGUACCUCUUAGUACCUUGUACCUACAUAGCAGGACAUUGAAUGUUCAAUUCAAGGGCUUACCUAUGUAACAUUGGUACCUUCGCUAACUAACUGAAAAUAAAGCUUGAUCCUUCCGUACAACGGUGACGGGU